GCGGGCCUCAGUUGCGGGCGGACGCAGGCCCGGUCUGUCCCUCCGUGCCAGGUUCCCCCGUGUCUGGGACUGACACGAGCGGGAAAGUUCAGGCUCGCCGGCCCCUCAGUGGUGAUCUCUGGGCCGAGUCCGAGGCCCACGGACCCUUCAGAUUUGUUGACCUACAGAAUGCUUCGAUACCUGUAUUUUUGUAGACCAUAUAAAGAGUGUUUUUCAUACUGGUUGGAAUCUGGCAUACUUAAUUUAGGUGUCUGGGAAAAAAAAUUACAUACUACAGCAGGAAGAUGUAAUGAAAAUAAAGCCCAAGAGCAAGUAGGUCAAACAGGAGCUCAGGAAUUACACACACCUCAAAACAGAGAUUCUGACACAGUGGCUGAAUUGCAUAUUCCAGUAAUGGUGAAUGAAGUCAUUCGUUGUUUGGCACCACAAAAAGGGCAGGUUUUUCUAGAUAUGACAUUUGGUUCAGGAGGGCACACAAGAGCCAUUCUCCAGAAGGAGCCAGACAUUGCCCUGUAUGCCUUAGACAGAGACCCAACAGCUCACGAGAUAGCCCGGCAGCUUUCACAGCUGUAUCCUACACAGAUACACGCUCUGCUAGGCCUGUUCAGCCAGGCGGAAGCCUUACUCUCGGAGGCUGGAGUGCAGCCGGGGACUUUGGAUGGGGUUCUUUUGGAUCUCGGGUGUUCCUCCAUGCAACUUGACACUCCUGAACGAGGUUUUUCUUUUCGGAAGGACGGUCCCUUGGACAUGAGGAUGGAUGGUGGCAGGUACCCUGACAUGCCCACUGCGGCUGAUGUUGUGAACGCCUUAGAUCAACAGGCACUCGCCUCCAUCCUGAGAAGAUACGGGGAAGAGAAGCAUGCCAGGAAAAUCGCAUUAGCGAUUGGUCAAGCACGGGCCAUAUACCCCAUCACCAGAACCCAGCAGCUUGCCAGCAUUGUAGCAGGUGCAUUUCCUCCCUCUGCUAUUUAUGCACGGAAAGACUUGCUGCAACGAUCGACCCAUAUUGCUACCAAGACUUUCCAAGCUCUUCGCAUAUUUGUGAACAAUGAGCUCAAUGAACUCUACACAGGACUUAAGACAGCUCAGAAGUUUCUGAGACCCGGCGGUCGCCUUGUUGCCAUCUCUUUUCACUCCUUAGAGGAUCGAAUCGUCAAGCGAUUCUUGCUUGGGAUAAACAUGAUGGAAAGGUUUAACCUAAAUGUCAGACAGAAGAUUGUGGAUAGCUUGGAUUCAGAUCGUGAAAGCAAGGAAGGAAAAGCGCCUUUAAUGUGGAAAAUGACCCACAAGAAGGUGCUGACUCCGGAUGAUCAGGAAGUGCAAGAUAACCCCAGAGGGCGCUCGGCCAAGCUGAGAGCAGCCAUCAAGUUAUGAGAAAUUCGGCUUAAUACGAUCUUCACAUUUCCUUCAGUGGUAUUCCCGAACACCAUAACACAGCUUACAGUGUGAGGCAAUGUGGAAAUUGACGGUAUAUGGCAUGGUUUUUUUCUCAGGAAAAAUUGUAGGAAAACUUAGCAUGACGUGGAGAUUUUGCAUUUCCAGACCGGGAAAAUGCAUUUGUCUCUGCAUAACAUUUGACUUUUGAGACACAGUCCUUUACCUGAUGAGGAAAUAACUUAAAAAGAGUAUUUUGUGUUUGUUUAAACAUGUAAACUCAAGCUGUCAAAGAGAAAGAAAUUAUAAUCGUAUCUGCAUGCCCUAAAUUCUGAAUUUAGAUGUUCACAUUUGCAAAAGACUUCUGUGGUUCAAAAAAAUUAAUGAUAAUCAUGAAAUGAAUUUUUAAUUUCCCUAAUUGUGAAUAACUAAUUGGUGUAGCUUUUUUACUUUUCUGAAUUUCACUGUUGAAAUUAUAGUUUCUUAUUUUACUGGGAUUUUUCUUUAUGAAGUGAGCUAUUUUUUCAUUUUUCAAAGUAAAAAAAAAAACUCAGAAGUACCUAACAGCCAUCAUAGAGAAUUGUUUUACAGAACUUAUAUUUAAUGUCAGUUGUGUCUAUUUUAAUAACAACUCAGAAAACCUUCAGUAAAUAAUAUAAUCUCUUGUCUGAAUCCUACAUUUUUCAUUGAACUAUUCAAAAGAAUUCAGAAUGUAUAUAAAGUAGAAGACUAUCUGAUUUAUUCAAUAUGCUAAAGUAAUGUCCCCUUAAUAUUUUUACUUAAGUGUAAUAGUUGUAAUCAAGAGAGAAGCUUAUUCAGAAAAGUCUAUUUGGUAGAGAAUGCUUUACUACGUCGAUGAGAUUGCUUCCUAAUUCCAGUGUUAACGCUUUAUGUCUAAGUGUACAAUUCCAAUUUAUUCAUUAUUCAACAAGUGCUGAAUUUGUCUCUAGAGAGACAAACGUAAGGACAGUACACAUGGGCCACGGUUGCCAUCCUGUGGCACUGACGGUCCUGUGGAGGAGGAGACACGACAAGGAGGUGCCCGAGUGGUGCAUUCAGAGCGUCAGAGGGAUCUGACCUAUCGAAGGAAACCAAGCCUGAUGACAUGGUCCUCCUGAAUUGCAACUUGAAGGGUGGGUAGGAGAUAAGGAAAGCACUUGUGGGGUGGGGGCGGGGCAUAGUGAUUAAAGAUACACAUGCAUGAAUCUUCUCACGAGUGCUUAUCCUUGCAAUAUUUGCACUAUUCAUUUGCUCAGUACACUGUUUCUUCAAAUGCAGGAAAGAUUCAUAUUCUCAAUUAUGUUGACAAAUUGGGAAUCCAAGUGAAUAAUAUGCAUGUAAAAUAAAUAAGAAUUAAAUACAUUGCUUUAA